GCUUCCUUUUCCGCCACAGUUUAAACUAACAGUUGUGGUCAUUUCUACGCUGUCAGUCAAAUGUUUACAAGUGCUGCUCCAAAAGAAAACCACAGUUUUAAGUCUGCCCUGGUAGCACCUUGUUAUUACCGUAGCUGCUGGUUAUCCAACAGAAGAACUACCUACUGUGAUGGCUCUGCCUCCAGAGAAGGUUACCGAGCUGAAGCAGAUCAUUCACGACCAUCUGCACAGGGUGAGAAACCCACUGAAGGUUUUAUUAGAUACAUGUUUAUAGUUUUGAAGAAAUGUCAUUUAUGAGCUCUGUUCUUCAAAUGCAUGCACACUGAUAAACCUGUUCACCACCUAACAUACAAGAACGACUUUUUGCUUGAUCAUUCGCCGUUUACACCAGUGAAGUGUUCAGUCUUCCAGUACAGUUGAAGUCCUGUCGAGGUACUGGUUUUGUUUUGAUGUUUUUACAGCCCCUCAAAAGGUGAAAACACCUUCAGGAUACACACUAAGGGAUAAAUACUUACACUCAGAUAUUUAUUUUUACCUUUAUCAUUGUCGACCCUUCUUACCAAUGACGUUAAAAACUCAUGGUGUUGGUGGGCACAGAGACAAUAAGGGGCACCUACCUCACCCUAAAAAUAAACCUUGGUAAGUUCUUAAACUCAAAAGUUAACUUAAAUGGGACACAGCAGCUACUUACCUGAGAGCAGAUUGAUUUAGCUUUAAAAGACACGUCACAGAUCAUUUUACAGGCAGAGUGUAGUAUAGCCUGUUAUUCAUAAAUGCACACAGCUGACAGAUGCAGCAGUAUCAAUAUCAAGUACAUAAAUUGGUAAAGGGGGGGAUUAGACCUGUAAACCUGUACCCCCUUUGACCCAACCUGAGACCCCUUGUUUGAACUUACAGUUUGCGCAUUCCUUAUAAGCUCUUGAUCCAGAGGUUUUUGUCUGGUUAAAAUAUCCAGGAAGACAGAGCUAAAUCAUUCAACAGGUUUUGCUCUCUUGUCCUCAUUUAUUCUCUCAUGGAUCUGUGGCGAUCCCAUUGCAUCAGGCAUAUCUUAAUGGUUAGAGAUAGUGAUAUGCUACAUGCCCUCUCUGGAUGUGUUCAUUACAAAAGUGACAAAGUGUGAUGUGAAUAUCACUUUGCUUUUGAUGCACACUCAGAGUUGAAGGUUUCAAUUCAGUAACAAUAUGACACAUGAGUAAGAUUAAAAUAACAUCAUAAAAGCAGUUUUUAUAACUUAAAGCUUAUUUGUUUCGCAAAGAAGUUAAUGUCUGAUGAAUACUAGUGUGCACAGGCAGGAUCUGUGUUAAAAUUGUGAUUAAUCCUUGCCUAAAAAUAAGACUAUUAUUAUGUUGAAUUAUUAUUAUCAUUAUUAAGGCUAGUCUUUCAGAUAAAGUGAUUUGUGGUUACCUUUCUUCAAGGAUAAGACUCAUCAAAUCUUCAGCUCCUGUUUGUUAUUAAAUCUCAAGUAUUCCUGAUAACACAGUGAAGUCACAUGAGGUGUGUUUUGUGAAGUAUGGAGAUAUUCAGAUAUGUUGAGCUCCUACUCUUUUCUGGUUGUCAGAUGGAUAUCCACGGGAAAAUCCGAGAGGUGCUGGCUGAGACCGUGAAGAGUGACCAGGGUCCAGCGUACCAACCUCUGACUGAGGUGGAUUUCCUCAACGCGUUACAGCGAAGGGGCAUCAUUGAGGAUGUGAUGAAGAACCUUCCCUUCCACAGCACUGACAGACAAACAGAAACAGAACAAGGAUCCCCGCCAAGACCUGCUGCUAACAAGAAUGUUACUUCGUUGGGAAAAAGUGAGUUACGGUGUUUACACUAAAAGUAUGGCUGAUUGUCUGUCAGUAUAAAGUCCCUUGAGGAUUCAAUCUGUGAAGAUGCAAUUUUAUCCUUUCAGCUAACAUUGACCCAUCAAGGCGGUACCUCUACCUCCAAGUACUAGGUGGCAAGGCCUUUCUGGAGCAUCUCCAGGAGCCAGAGCCUUUACCUGGGCAGGUGUGCUCUACAUUUACACUCUACCUGCACUUCCGCAACCAGAGGUUUCGCUCAAAGCCAGUGCCCUGUGCCUGUGAGCCAGAUCUAAAAGAAGGCUUCUUCCUAGAGAUCUACAAAGAGGGUGUAGGUAUGUAUGUGAAAAUGAGUGCAGCUGUUGCCAGUCAGUCAAAAUUGCUUUAAGUCUGCUUCUUAGUUUGUCAUUUUAUAAUUACAACGCUCUUUACUCUACAGGAAAAGGCAGUACUAUGGCUGAUUCAACUACCAUGCUGUCUAUGUGUGACCCGGUUCACUUUGUACUUAUCAAGACAGACACCUCCAGUGAGACAACACUGGUCUCAUCCUACUUCCUGGACUGGAGGAGCGUCCUUUGCUCACUUAGUGGGAAGACUUGCAUUGCUGUGGAGCUGAUGGGAGUUGGUAAGUAAUUGUGAUUUGAAUGGUGAUUGUUGGGCUGGGCUCUGCUUUCAAUGACACAACAAGAGGGAGGUCUGUUGAAAAGAGGAUGGGAACUACUGAUGUAGACCCUUAGCUGAUACAGCAUUAAGAAUGAGCGGGAUACCCAAAAUAGUUCACCAUUUGGGAUAAGAUUGUUAAUAUCUUAUCCUUUCUGCUGGAGAAACAUGCUCAAUACCAAUAAAAAUGAGAAAUGCAACUGUGUGACUCAUCAGCUGGAAAAGGUUAGCAACAGGGCUCCUCUGCCCAGACUGAUGAAGACUAAUGAAAGUAACUGAUUGAUAGAGUAAAGCAAGGUUAUGGAUUUAUGAUUCAGGCUCAUACAAGUGCUAAGCCCAUACUGACAUUAAAAAUAUCAAAUAAAUACCACUAGAGAGAAUUGAAUCACUCUGAAAACUAUUUCAGCACUGAAUGUCAUUUAAAGGAUGGUUCCCCUUUCUUUAAACGGAACAAUGACUAUCUGACAGGAAAGACUUCCAUUCCUUGAACAUAAGUUGAGUUUUUAUCAUCCAAGCAGAACAACUGAAAGCGUAUGGUAAACAUGUUACUGAUCUGAUAUCACAAAUAAUUCAUUCUGUGAAAUAGUACAAUACAAGAAUAUGCUUCAAUACACUUUUUUAAAAACACCUGCAGUUAACCUCUUACUUCGUCUGUCUGUCUGCCUGCCUGCCUGCCUGCCUGUCUGUCUGUCUGUCUGUCUGUCUGUCUUUAACCAGGGAGUGAAUGCAAAGUUCCAGCUGGUGUUUUGACUGUCAGUCUGGAGCUCUACCCUCCUCUCACUGAGGCUCUGAGCAGUGACAUCAUCAGCACACAGGUCAACACUGAAGUCUUUUAUUCCUCAGCCUGUUCAUCCCUCUGUUUAUUCAUCUGCUUCAUUAGAAAUGAAUGAGGAAGGCCUUUAGCUAACAGUGAAUCAUUACAGCAGAAUUCCAUUAAUGCUGUUUAGAGUCAAUCAGUGUUGAUCCUAACACAGCACUGAUAACAGAAACAUCUAAGCUCUAUACAUUCACUCUCUGACAUCACUGUGUAUUUCCCAUUCAGCAAUCACUGGAGAGGCAGAGGACUGCAGAGAGGGAAAGGCUUUUUUUGGUUUAUGCUAAGCAGUGGUGGAGAGAGUUUCUGGAGAUACGUCCUUCACACCAGUCCAAACUGGUUAAGAUCUUUGCACAGGUUUGUCCACUUUUACAUGUGUGUUGAUAUGAGAUCCUGAACUGAUGCCACAGAGACCAACAGUGUUGUCUGGGUGUCCCUCCCUGCAGGAUGAGAACGGCAUCAACAGGCCGGUGUGUUCCUAUGUGCGGGUUCUCCGGGCAGGUCGGCUGCUGGAGAGCCCUCGACAGGCAGCCCGCUUUGUCAGCCUGCUGGCCCAUGAGAGGGCCCCAGUGGUGGGGGGAGGAGACAAGCAGGAGCAGUGGUGUACAUUAAUGGCUUUCCUGUGUAGAGGGAAGGUAAGGAGAACUGGCUGACUUCUUGGCAGCCACUCUAGAGAUUGACUCAUUUUUCAGAUGACAGUGCACUUACUUUACUGCUGGAGUCUUACAGCCAAAGACAGAGACAAUGGCAAAAUUAUAGCUGGUCAAACCAGAACUCCUGUGACAUUGUGUGCUCAUUCAUCCUCCUCUACUCAAACAAAACAAAAUAUGCAUCCGCACAGGGCAGGGCAAUUGAUCCCAAAUGAGCCGAAACAGACAUUCAGAGCCUCCAGCUGACAUACUCUUAUCCAUUUAUUUUUUAUCCUCAAUUUUUGUUAAGGCUCUCCCCACUGUAUUUUCAUUUACUUCCACAGUAAAGAGUGUGUGGUCAUGUGACUGUGUCUGUGACAUAAAAGCAACAUAGAGCAGACUAGAGAAAAGGUCUGUGUCUGUUGUUUGGACACUUUUUUAGGCUUUCCUGAAGAAAACUUAACACAAAAAGAAGUCUCAUGUAAACACAGAAGAAAAAUGGUUUACAAGUCAGCUUCUGUGAUGGUGUGGGGAUGCAUAAUUGUACACUGCACAGAUAUAAUCUGACAUAUUUUGGUGGGCAGUAUUGAUUUUGAAUAAUACAGCUGGUUUUGUAAUCCAGACUGUACCUUAUAAAACACAGCAAGACAACACCAAACCACAUGCUGCUUAUAUUACAACAGCAUGGCUCUGUAGUAGAAGUGAUCAGGUGUCGAACUGGCCUGCUCAUUCAAGACAUUUGGCUCACCAAUUCACAAAAAUAUGACAGUGCAGACCCUGAACUCUUGAGCAGCUACACUUCACUUUCAAAACUUCAUAGACUUCUUAGAGUGUUUUAGAAAAAGAGGUGAUGUGCCACGAUAGUGAACAUCCCAACUGUCUCAACUGUUUUUUAAAACACAUCCUUCAAAAUCAGUUUCAAAAUUUGUUCACUGUUUGCAUUCUUCCUGAAGAGGCCGGUUGGAUAACAUUCAUUUCUGUUUGUAUUUCAUUUUACAGAGCAUCUUAAUUUGGGGGAGGAAUAGGGUAUCACAUCUUGUAAUCUUAUUAUUAAUAUUGUUUUUUUUGUUCUAGUAAGAGUAGAGAAAAGUAACCCUCUUUUAACUGUUUCUAUUUGAAUAAUUGUAUCAAAAAGGCUCCUCGUUAUUUUUUCAACAGACUGUAAACAUAACUCUCUGCUUUUAGGGUUUUGAGGAUGCUACUAUCCUGAUCUCAACUAUCAGUCCAGAGCCUUAAGCCCAAAACAUACAGGAUCCAUGUUGACCUGCGUGAAGCUGGCCUUCCCUGGUGUAAUAUUUACAUAAAAUAUGACUUGGUAUUGUCUUAAUAUCUAAUUAACAGGUGGAUGCAUAUUUCAGCAAACAGAAAAACUGCUGAUAUAAAGUUAGUAUUGUACGUUUACAAUACAACUUAUGAAUAAAAGUCUUUGAUUCUAGUUGCUUGUUUACCUCUCGGUGAUGAUAUAUAGGCUAAAAACAGUGGGCUCAAUUGCAACAGAACACCUGAAACACAAUUAAGUUUAACCAAUCAUCAUUGAUUUGCGUUUUCUGCAUAGAAAUUAAGUCACACCAUCAAGACUCAUAAAUGCAUCAAUGAGGCUUUACAGUAUAACAAUCAUUCUAAGUGACAAUACAUAUUUUACUGUGUUAUACCUCAAUGCAAAAAUUCAUAUAGAGUGACUGAAUCAUCUUUACCAUUAAGCAUUAUGUAAAGGCAUUUGGACAUGUGGUAAAAUGCACCAUGUGUCAGAAAAGCAUGUCUCCUCUCAGGAGCUCAGACUAGCCUCUCUGACUGAAAUGUGUGUUUUGAGUUUCUAAAACAAAUGAGUUCAGUUUAUUCCCCUCAGUAAGACAGCAGCAUCACAUCGGCUUGGUUUGGUUUAGUCACUCCAUUUCUAAGAGAGCAGGAUUUGCACAGAGUCAGCUAACAGAUAUGUUCUCAUCACUCGACCAGAUAGAAGGGAAUUUCCCAGACCACCAGGAUAAAUGUUCCCUGCUUCUCCUCUGUGAGGGGCUGGCAAGACAGACACAACACAGCUCUCACAAAGUGGCCCUUGUCAGCAGUGAUUUAUGAGUUUCAUUCCGGGGAAAAUUAAUUUAGCCUCAUCAGUCCCCAGCCUGUUUUGAUACUGCCGUCCAUAUUAGCACUUCUGGGGAACAUCUAUCAUUCUGACUUGCCUGAAGCUCGAGCCAGCACGUGGCAGCAGCACCAGUCCCUGCUCAACUCGGGCCUCUUUACUGGAAAAGUGGUACAAGUGAAAUAAGAGUUGCUUACUGUCACGGACAAUUUGAUGACUUCAGAGCUUAUUUCCUCUCUGGCGGGCUUUUCUUUUGUGUGUACAACUCUUCUGAGAAAAGCUAACAGAGCAUUGAGAACAGGAUAUUGUAGGCCUGUUUAAACAGAGUGUUGGAGUGACAGGAUAAAUUAAAAAGCAACAGGAUUCAAAAAUAGACAAGUUUAAACGUUUCUAAUCUGUCGAAAUAGAAGUCAUGGUUAAACUCGUCAUAAAUAACCUCUUUGCAGAGAGUUAUGCAAUAUAUAAAAUUUACCAGAUAGAAGUUGAAACUUUCCUACAAUCAAGUUAAAAUCUUCAAUACAAACCCAAUAUCAUUGGAGAGGAUAAGGACAGGUGGAGAAAGAAAGAGAUGGACAGAGGAGAGAGUGAUCGAGACAGAUGAAGAAAGACAGUGAUAGACAGAGACAAACAACAACAGUACCUUCAGAUGUUUGCUCACAGUGACAGAGAUAAUAGAACAAGUAUGUGAACUGUAUUUCCAGGAACAGCAUGAUAAUGAUAACAAACUGAUCAGAGUUUGAUUUGUGGAACAUUAAAGUCAACAGGUCUAUAGUAAUAACACAGCAGUGACAGCAUUCAUAUGAAUGAAGCUGAGGUCAAUAAUGGAGGUUGGAAUUAGAACAAUUGAAGCAGAUUGAAAAAGUUCUACUAUGAACAAUAACUUUAUGACAGUGGGAAAAAUGGAGAGACUGAUGCUCUUGUAGUUGAAGCAGCUGUAAAGCAGACAGGUCCUCAGCAGAAGGACGUCUGCAGCAGUGAUCCAGAGGAACCUACAGGAUGAUAGAGCUCAGGGAAAGUGAUUAUGGUUUUAAAAGAGUUGUGAAAUUAAAUAUAGUUGUAUCACUUGGCGAUGUGAAUCGCUGUGAAUCGAUGUGAAGUUGUUUAUUUGGCUUUUGAAAGCUUUGUUUACAUCUGAUGAAUUUGAAAAGAUUGUUGGUGGCUCUUUGGAGAAGAUGGGGUUAACAGAGCCAGUGACAUCUGAUUCACAUUAUGUUUACUGUCCCACAGGAGGACUAGGAGUUCACAGAGAACACAAACAACACAGCAAAAAUUUAAAAAGCCUUAAAAUAGGAUGCAAAAAUUUUUUUGUAUACAGUCUAUAACAAAGUAUUGAACAAAACAAAAAGCCAGUGCUCAAACUGAAAUGGAAAUUAUCAACCAAGUAAGUUCAACAUGAAGAUGCAGUGUAGCAUGGGUGACCUCAAGGCUGAAAGAUAAAUAAGCCCUGGAGUCUUCUAGUCUUCCUCACAGGUGACUUUUGUCAAAUUGUCAAUUUCUGCCAUGUGAGUACAGACACAGGAAGUGAAAAGGACAUUUCUUUCCAGCCCACAGUACAAAAAUACAAAUAAGAAUAUGCACAACUGGAACCAUGGGCCAUUCCAGGACUCUCCAAUCCUUAGUUUUCAGUCCGUCCUUGGUGGAUUUGCUGGUAUGUUUAGGGUCAUAGCUAUGUUGCAGGGUCCACUUCUGCUUCAGUUUCAAUUUAAUUAUUGAUGGUCUCACAUGGUCUUCACGUAUCCUCUGAUACCAGGUAGAAUUCAUGGUAGAGUCGAUGAUGGUGAGCUGGCCAGGUCCUGUUGCAGCAUAGCAUCCUCGAAUCAUGACACUUUCACCUCCAUGCUACACAGUUGGUACGAGGUUCUUUUCCUGGAACGGAGUAUUUUUUGUGCUCCAAACAUGUCCUCUGCUCUGGUGUCCAAGUAAUUAAAUUUUACUCUCAUCUGUCCAAAGAACAUUAGUCCAGAAGUCCUGUUCUUUGUCCAUGUUCUCUCUGGCAAACUAUGGCCUUAAUGCUCUUCUUAGAACACAAAGGCUUCCUCCUUGCACACCUCCUGUGAAAGUUUGUUCAGUCUCUCUCUGAUUGUAGAGGCAUGUACUUUCACAUCAGCAGUUGCCAGUGCCUGCUCUAGGUCCUGUGAUGAGAUUCUGGGGUUUUUGGAGACUUCUUUAAGCAUCUUGCAGUCUGCUUUUUGGGGUGAACUUGCUUGGAUGGCCAGACCUGGACAUGUUGGCAGUUGUUUUGAAUGUCCUCCACCUGUACACUAUUUUCCGGACAGUGGAAUGGCUGAUUUCAAAAUAUUUUGAGCUCUUUUCAAAUCCCUUACCAGACUCAAACGCUGCCAAAGUACGCCAAACUGAGUGACUGAGGUUUAAAUAGGGAAAGUCUCCUUUAAAAUGCUGCGUGACAAUGUUGUAAUCGUGUGAUCCUGAUGUGAUACACCUGUGUGUGAUUUCAGCCAAUUUAAGAGGGAAAAAAUGUGGGGGUGUCCUAAUUUAUUCCUCAACAGAAAUUGCAGUUUUAUUUUAUUACGUUUAAAGAAGGUUUUGACAAUGUUUUCUUCAGUUUUACCUGUUUACUUAUAUUACUUGAAUUUCUAAUUAAUGUUAAAAUAGAUAUUAGAUAUCAAUAUAGUUAAAUUUGUCAUGUUUUCACAGGGUGUCCUAAUUGUUUUCACAUGACUGUAUAUUUAUGUGUAUGUAUGUAUAUAACACUCAUUCCUACUGUGUCUAUGUAUUAAUAUAUAUAUAUAUAUAUGUGUGUGUGUGUGUGUGUGUGUGUGUGUGUGUGUGUGUGUGUGUGUGUGUGUGUAUAUAUAUAUACAUAUAUAUAUAUGUAUAUGUGUGUGUGUGUGUAUAUAUAUAUAUAUAUUUAUAUAUGUAUAUAUAUGUGUAUAUAUAUAUAUAUAUAUAUAUACAUAUACAUAUACAUAUACAUAUAUAUAUAUAUAUAUAUAUAUAUAUAUAUAUAUAUAUAUAUACAUAUACAUAUACAUAUACAUAUAGAUUUAUAUAUGUAUAUAUAUAUAUACUCUCAUACACAUGCACAUCUAUACAUGCACAUGCAUAGUUAGUCAAAGGUCAAAUUCAUGAGUGGAUGAUCUGGACCGUCCAGUUUAGCAUCUUUGCUUUUAGGAGGUGAUGUAAAUGAAGAGAACAAUCCGUUUAUUGAAGUCAAACAGGGUUUUUUGUUCAAAUACAACUUUAUUACAUGAAUAAAACUAAACACAACAUGAUGAUUGUGAUGUAGGUUUAAUCUUUCAUAUAUCCUGAAGAGCUUGAACUCAUCUCUGUCAAUCCUCUCCAGGGGGACUGUGAGGACCACGCCACCCUGCUGUGCAGUCUCCUGCUGGGCUUUGGUCUAGAUGCAUAUGUGUGCGUGGGAACUAAACACAAAGGCACUCCUCACACCUGGGUCUUGACCCGUGGAACUGAUGGGAGCAUCACUUUCUGGGAAAGUCUGACAGCACACAGGUCAGAUCCUUUUUUAGUGAUUUCAUCCACCUGCUCCCCCCAGACCUUUUCAUUAUGAGUUUGGCUGCAGGACUGCGGCACAGAUUUUUAAAGAUCUGUUUUCAUUUUAACAGAGAGAGUAUUUAAAUAAAGGUUGUCAUAUUUUCAAAUGACUUCUCUGGUAUUAAACCCUUCAAGUUUCUCAGAGUUGAGAUGCACUGCAUUUGUCUUUUAUUUUUGUAAAACUUUGAGUUUUUCACAGCUGUGUAUUUAGAAAUCCCCUGAAAGCAUUUCCAUGAAAUGUUGUUGCCAUGGCCAGGGAACAGUUGAUUGCACUUUGGUGAUGAUCCAGUUCCCAGAUGAUGAAGAUAAAUCAUUUUUGUUCAAUUUUCUAUUUUUUUUUUAACCUUUCUUUAAUUUUACAACACAAACUCACUUUUUUUCUCAUAAAUCCAUUUAUCAAAGCAUGGAACAAGCAUUUUAUUGAUUAAUAUGAUAUUGGAAAGGUAUUCUGUUUACAGCUGUGGCAAUAGUCUUCAACAAGUUUGGUAGCAUGUUCAUAAUGACACAAAUAAGUCUCAAUGUUUCAUAUUUAUUUUCAGAUACCUGCACCAGGCCAUAGACCCUGAUGCCCCACCCUUGGCCCCCCAGCCCAAACCCUCCUCCCCCUACCGGACUGUAGGCUGUGUCUUUAACCACCACACCUUCCUGGCAAACUGUCAGCCAUCAGACUCUGUGGUUCUCUGUGUGUUCGAUUUCCAGGUGAGAGAGAGAGGUGUGUCCCAGCCAUAAUUUGACCCACAUCGGAUGGUGAUAAAAUGAUGAUCUGGGUUUGGUGGCAAAGUUACACUUCAUUGUUCUUAGUGCAGAGAGAGUUUGAUCACACUGUAAGUUCUCAGGCAGAGAGGAGAGGUAGUCUGAAGCAGAGAGCAGUGGGAUUGUGACUGGAUGUUUGUCAGUGCAAGGAUCACACCCCAGGUUUUUUGGAAAAGAGAUUUGCUGCACUUCCACAUGUCAGAAGCUUCUGUCCAAUCAUGUUACCCGAAAUCAAAGCAUUAAAACUCCUGUCCACCUUUCUCCCCUCUCCUCACAGAAUCAGUCUCGGUGGAAGGCAAUGAGCACAGAGGCUCUGAAGUCUGUCUGUGCCCCAGGCUCCACCACCUCUCUGCCCCCUCUGCCUUCACUCGGUGCCCCAUCUCUGGAUGCUGCUGCUGCCAGUAACCAGCUGGAGCUGGAGAUGCGCUUUCUGGUGUCAGAACAAAGGAAGGUAAAACAGUGCGGGACUUGCUAUGGGUCCUUUGAAGGGUAAUCUGGUUUGUUUGAAGAAGGGCUGUGUGAGAAAUUUGUCAAUAGUAAGUGUUUUACCCUCAGGGGAUGUAGGUCGGCUUGUCCCUUUGUUAAGAAAUGAGCAAGAAAACCAGACUGGAGGUCAGGCAGGUAGCUGUAGACAGGGUCAAAGCUACCAAGUAAUGUUGCUAAUUUUAGAGAGGUCUGACCCCAACAUUGGUGAUUGUUAUCAUGAAGUGUUUAAAUGUCCAAAAAAAAAAAGAGAAAUCGGUUUUUGGUCAGUCUGAAAAACGAUAACAUAAAAGACUCGAUGACGGUAUCAAAAGGACUCGAAUCAUUAAGGAGUCUUGAUAAUAAAAAUAAACAAACCCGUCCCUAGACCUGUGUCUAAAACUAAAUGAAUUUCCUGACUGUAAAGCAGAACUCCCAAAAAAGGUUUGGCUGACAUUUUAGGCGUUUGGAUUGUUCUUCUCAAAAUGAGCUGAAUUCCAUAGAAAAGUUGACCCCGUUUAUAGGGGGUGUUAGCCUUGCUUCCAGACCACUUCUCCAGCCAGUUUCUCAACCAAGUCAAAAAGUGGGCUGGUAUACUCUGGGUAAUACACCUUUCACUGACAAGUACUUCCUCCAACCCCACUUAAAACAAAGACAAACUAGUCCCUCAGAGUUAAGGGUUUACCUCAGUGUGAUGCUGCUAAGAGUUGCACAUGUUCACAAACUUGGACAGGAGAUGACUGAACGGUUUCUUUGUUGUUGAGGACCUGGAGCUGGCCACAGUGUGGGACGACCACCUGUCCUACCUGCUGUCCUCUGCGCUGUCAGCCUACGAGUUGGAGCGCUGCACUGGCGUCUCCUGUGGCAACGAGGAGUUCCAGGAUGCAGUGAGGAGGGCGGUACCUGAUGGACACACCUUCAAAGGCUUCCCCAUUCAUUUCCUGCAUCGCAACGCACGCAGAGUGUUUGCCACCUGCCUCAGGUGAGACGAUGGGCAGUGGUAAGAAAGCAGGAAACUGUCUUUUGUUUUUUUUUGAGGGACCUUGAAUACAUUAUUUAUCAUGUGUUAAACGAUAAGCUAGUACAAACUGCAGUGAAUCAAAAUCAGGGUACAACUACCCACCUGUCUUGGGGUCUGUAGAUUUUGAGAGAGACAAAUGUUUUGAUCAGCAUACAGGUACAUCUGGACAAAUGAGAAUAUCACAAAAAUAUUAUUUUCAUCAGUUUCUAUGGAAGGCCAUUCAUGACCCAACUAAGCCCUUAGUUUAAAAACAAACACACUUCCCAGAAUGUAGAUAUGUCAGUAGAAUCUUUUUGUGAUGAUCUUAAGAUUAUAAAUUUAAGAUAAAGGUAUUUUGUUUUCAUGCACUAUAAGAUCUAUUCAUCAAAUUAACAAAUAAAUAAGUAUUUAAGGCUAUGUGCAAUCAGUAAUUUUAGUUCAGGCCUUCCCUGAUGGUGGCACAGUAAAAUGUUGCCACAAAUGACUCCUCCAUGUCUGUCCAGCUAUCUAAUGUACAUGGACAUAUCAGCAGGUCACAUGUUUCACAUGGAUUUAAAAUCAAGUCAUGAAAACAAAAAAUACAUGAAGCUGUGCUGUAGGCUUUGGAAUAAGACUGAUAUUUAUGUCUGAAGAAAAAUCUAACUGUUACUCUUUACAUCCGAACAGAGUUAAUAUUAGACUCUGGACAGGGAUAGCUCUGAAGGGCAGCUGUAAAAGAUUUGAUGACUGCAAUGAAAACAUUUCAAAAUCUGCAAGAAAACAUUUCCACAGCAAUAUAUUUUUGAAUAUGCUGUAAAAAACAUUAAACUCACUGCAUUUUUUUUAUGUACUGUGAAAGAAAUUGAAGUUGCUACGUAUUUUUAUUUAUUUUUUAUUUUUUAUUUGCUGAAAAAAAAAAAUUUAAUAAAGUGUUUAUUUUUCCGUGCUGCAAAAAACAUCACAGAAACAUAAACAAACAUUUCAGUUGCUGAGUAUUUUUACCUGCUGCACCAAACAUUUUAGAAACCAGACAGGGUCGGACUAAAGAGACCGGGUGUUUUUUCUAUCUGCAAAUGAUAUUAGCCACACUGACAAUGUUGCCUGCAGUGUCUAAGGAUGGUAUUGGUUUGAAAAGAGUCUCAUGAGCACAGGCCAAUGUGGCUCUCUGUGCCUUUCUAACGCUUUUAUGUUAUAAGCAUGAUCAGGACGAGUUUGUUUUGCGGGUGGGAAACUUCAGUUUUUCUCGUUUUCCAGUCGAAUCAGUAAAAACACCCAAUAAGACACUUUCAAGUUAAAACUCAAUGCUCCUCAGUCAAAAAUUCCCAUCACUCAAAAAUGUAGGUAUUUUAGGUACUGGGCUCGGGAUUCUCUCUAUGCUGCUUCUGUAAAAUGUGGGUACUGGUCACGCUGUGUGGGGGCAGGUGGACUCUUCUCAUCCUCCGCAGGAAGUACAUCAAUUGCUUUACCAGUGAUGCAGUGUUCACAGGCUAGGUAAGGUCAUCUGUGAUGUGCACCCCCAGUUACUGAGUGCUGCUGACCACCCCCAUGGCUGUGUUAUUAUUGAGAAGUGGAGCAUGGCCAAGCGGGUUCUUCCUUAAGUCGACGGUGAUUAUUUUUAGAUUUUGUGGAUGGAAAUAGGGUAAAGUAGACCCCAACUAAAGAAGAAUGGUUUGACAUAAUUGAAGAAAUCUACAUCAUGAAAAGACUGACACAAUAUCUGAGAUUGCAAAAAACACAGAUGGAGGACGAAUGGGAGAAACUGACACUUUUUAGAAGUCAAAGCAGCGGCUAAUAUCAGGCUUGAAUGAUGAACAGGAAGUCAUAAAAAUGCUGAUUGAUUUAAAAACCAGGAUUGAUUGAAUGCUGCUACCUCCACCCCUCUCUGUCUUUAUGGUUUGAUCCGUGCAUGUACCUGUGAGCAUUCAUGAACUCACAGCUGUAAGGCUCCUUAUUAUUUCAAUGAAAAACUGAUUUUUUCUUUUGACUCUAUUUUACACAGGUCUCCAUUCUGUGAGGAGAUUGUUUGUUGUCGUGGUGACCACGUGAGGCUUGCAGUCCGUGUUCGGGUGUUUGUCUACCCUGAGAAUGCUUGUGCAGUAUGGCUCAUGUUUGCGUGUACAUACCGUUCUGUGCUUUGACCAACAGAGCCCAAAAAUCACCAGCUCAUGUUUGACGGUGACCAAGGACAGUUUUUGUAUCCCUCCAAAGUCAUUUCAGGUCUUUUUGUGUCUGUAGAUUUGUGUUUUUACAGUACAGGAGAACAUCUAGACCCACACUGAGACUCUGAGAUGAUAAACUCUGUGAACUGUAUACAGAUGUUUGCUGUGUUUACUUUGCUUCUCAUGCUUUUAUUAUCUAAACUCUUUAUUUGUACAGACAUAAAACACAGAGUUGUAUUUAUAUAUCUAUUUUUGUUAAUAAAUCACGCUGUGAUCAUUUUACUGUUGGUA